AUGCAGUUCAGGAACCUCAUCUCUGUCAUCGCCGUUGCGGCCUCUGCCGUCGCUAGCGUGAGCGCCGCCAACAACAUUGAUGCCGCCUGGAAGGAUUAUCCCUUUGACUCAUCAAUUCCACUUCCAGACCUCGCCAUCAAGGUCGCCGGCGAAGCUCGGUCUCUCUGGCACGCCCACGUCACCACCGUCGGUGACUACGCCGCGGCCGUCGCAAGCAACAACAAGGACCUCGCGAAGGCUAUCCAACCCCACGCCUUGGAAUCCGCCCCCAACAUGACCAACUGGUUGUCGAACUGGUACACCGACAAGGACGCCCUCGCCAAGUUCCAAACGCUGUUCGCCGAUCACGUCGCCACGCUCGCUGCCAUCGUUGACGCUACAAAGGCCGGUGAUGACCAGAAGAUCGCGGAUCUUAAGGUCAAGCUCGCCGACGGUGGCAAGAAACUCUCGGUCGUUAUCGAGUCUCUCAACCCCGAAGCAUACCCCAAGGACGUCGUCUUCGCCCUUCUUUCCGAGCACGAGAACCUCGCCGUCGCCGCUGGAGCUCAACUGAUCGCACAAAAGUGGGACGAGGGUUACAACACUCAAAUCACCGGUUUCGAGCAAAGCAAGCAGGUCGCUGAUGCUCUUGCCAAGGGCGUUUUCCUCAAGCUCGCCAACAACACCGUUGCUCAGCCGGACACCUCGGCUCCCGUUUCGGCUGCUGUGCCCUCCGCAUACGCUCGCUGGUUCAUCGCACCUGCGUUGGCCGCGGCUGUCGCUCUGGCUCUGUAG